UCAUGACAUAUCGCCAUUCUUCUAUCUCGCUUUUGUACCAUUCGUAUUGUUAUCAAAAAUGGGGGCGACCGUGCAAGUGAAGGAUGUUAAUUCUUUUCUUAGCCAAAAGCAAAAUGUUGCCGACGAGGAGUUGGCCGCAGAAUGGGCGCAGCUCGAGGAUCUGUAUAGCAAACGACUUUGGCAUCAGCUGACGCUCAAAUUGGAAACGUUUGUAAAAAAUCCGGCACUCCAACAGGGUGAUAACCUCGUGCAAUUAUAUGUUAAUUUCCUGUCAACUUUCGAAAACAAAAUAAAUCCAUUGUCAUUGGUGGAAAUACUGGCCCAUGUAAUACAACAGUUUCAAGACAAGCAAGAGGCGAUUAAAUUCUUAGAGAAAACAGAGGCUAAGGUUCAGAGCAACAAUGAAGCAAUUGCUCUCUGUAAAGUCCUCAAAGGACAGAUCUUACUGGAUAAACUGAAUAAUCAGGAGCAAGCAAAGAAGAUUAUCGAGGAUGUAGAGGCUAUGUUAGAUAAUGCCGAUGGCAUUACAACGGUUCAUGGACGUUUUUAUCUUCUAGCCAGCCGUCUGUACAGAUUGCAAGGCAAACAUGCAGAGUAUUAUCGCACAGCAUUGAGAUAUCUAGGUUGCAUUGAAUUGAGUAGUUUGAGCAGACAAGAGCAAGAGCAACAUGCCUUCUUCCUUGGACUAGCAGCGCUCUUAGGAGAAGGAGUUUAUAAUCUUGGGGAAUUACUGGCGCAUCCAGUCUUGGCAUCACUAAAAGGCACGCCAAAUGGCUGGCUCGUAGAUUUGCUGCAGGCCUUUAACGCCGGCGACAUUGUUGCGUUGGAAAGAUUGAAGCCGCAAUGGUGCAAGGUGGCUGAUCUAGCAGCGCAGGAAUUAAAAUUGAGACAGAAGAUCUCUUUAUUAUGCCUCAUGGAAAUGACUUUCAAACGGCAAGCCAAUAAUCGACAAUUGACGUUUGCCGAGAUUUCUCAGGAGACGCGUUUACCUCUCGGCGAAGUGGAAUUAUUAGUGAUGAAAGCUCUUGCUCAGGGUCUAGUGCGAGGUGCCAUAGACCAAGUAGCGGGCACUGUUAACAUGACUUGGGUACAGCCACGGGUCUUGGAUCGCAGCCAGAUCGCUGGAAUGGUACAACGUCUAGACGGAUGGUGCAAAGAUGUUAGUUCAAUGGAAAAACUGUUGGAAUCUAGGGCCUCUGAGAUCCUCACUCUUUGAAAGCUUUUUCUGGACCAUCAUUAUUCGUUUGUUAUGUCAGCGAGCUGCAGGUUCAUACACUUGUAAUUGUAAAAUCAAUUUUCUAACAUAACGCCAAUAAAUAUAAACUAUUAUUUCUUACAUGUA